UUUCUAAAGAUGAAAAAUCGUCAAAUGGGAUUUUACAUCCAUUAUACAAAGAAGAGAAGACGGAAAGCAGAAUUUCUCACGCUGUUAAAUUCAGUAAUGAGGUAAACACUGUUAACAUUCACUACCACACCCAUGCAACGGAGAGUGACAAUCAAGAUUCAAGGAAAUACACCUGCAAGGUUGACUUGAAUGCGUGUGAAGAACCUUUGGACUUGCUAAGAGAAAAUGGACGGACUAAACACACUGAGACAGACAGAGUAAAUGAACAAGUAAUGAAAGUACCCAAAACAAAAUCACAAGAGGUCAAAGACAGUGAACCUGCAUGCCAAGAUGAUGCAACAACUCCACUUCUUCGUACAGAACCAGAUUUAGACUGUGCGAAGACCGAAUCACCAGACCAGCGUCAGAAGCUUUUUGGAACUUAUCCAGACAGGACAGAUGCCAAUGUGUUGCACAAAACUGACAGAGGAGGAGAGCCACAUGUUACUGGAGCAGGUCAGAAAACAACAACUGGAGAAGAAUUUGCUAAGGGCAGAAACGAACUGCUUUCACAGUUUGAAGUUAGGGCUUUAGGAGAGCAUAUGGAAUCAGUUGGUGCCUUGAUUCAUAUGGGGGAGGUUAUUGGGACAGUGUUCAGAGCAGGAGAUUCCUAUGUUUUCACAGCUUUUCAUGUGGUUAGAAAAAUAAUUGAUAUAAACCUGAAUGGUCAGUAUGAUUUCGCACUGCUGGAGAUGGAAAAUGUCUGGGUAAACUUCAAUGCAUCAGUUGCAGAACCAUCAUGUUUCGUUUACAAAGUAUGUCAUGAAUUUUCAAGUAACGAUCCAUGUUUGGACUUUGCCGUUCUCAGAAUAACAAACCAAGUGCAGCUACCUAGGAAGAUGUUCCUAGAUAAGUAUAAUUUUGAAAGGUUACAGGCAAAAAUGCUGUCAGGCAUUGGAUAUGGACAUCCUGAACAACACAGUAAAUGCAAAAAAGGUUUAGAUCCUAAUUGCCAAAUUAUUUUUGCAAUAAAGAAUAAAAUUGCAUCUUGUAGAGAAUGGAUGCAGGGUUAUUUCGAUUAUUAUCGGAAUGCUGUACUUCAAAAUGGUGAAGAUCCUGCGCUUGUUGAUAACAGUUAUGUCGGUAUUGAUACACAACGCAACAUUUUCUUGGAUAUUACUAUGGAACAUGGAGGCUCUGGUUCUCCGUUUCUUACUAACGAUGGAAGGGUUGUUGGCAUUUUAACUCAUGGAUAUCCAGAAUUCUGUUUUAAAUUGCCACUGAUAAUACGCAGCUGUUUUCCAAAACAUAAAAUGUUUGAAUCAGUUCUGAGACUAGAUUAUGUCUAUCAACACAUAUCUGCAAGAAACCCAGAGCUUGCUAAUAAUCUUUUCGGAGAGUUUGUUGAUCAGGAUUGAUGUAAACAUAGGCAUUGGGGUCUCAGAUAAGAAGUAUGCAUGUAAAAAUUGAUUGCAAAGGCAUGUCAUAGGAUGUAUAUAACAAACGAAAUGUUUUCCUUUUCUUUGGAAACAAUGAUAAAUCUAGAGGCUUUUAUUUCUAUUGAAUUCCUGCUUUUUUGUCCCCAAUUCCUACCCCUGUAAGAGAAAUAUAGGGUAUUGCUCAUGUGGGCCAGUCUGUCUGUAGGUACAGCGCUUAGUUUCCAAUCAGUUCUUAGAGAAUGCUUAGCCAACAGUGCAUUGAUCUGUUGUCAGUAAACAACCAAUAUUGUUAUAGGGUCAGCAGGUUAAAGGUCAAAUUUACAGUAACCUUGAGACUGAAAACUUUGCCCUACAUUCAUCAAUAUAUAUAAUUAAGUCUCCCUCAGUGGGGAAAACAUAUUGUUUUUGCUCUGUUCGUCCGUCCGCCAGUCCUUCUGUCCGUCCGUCAAACUUUUUUCCUAUCAAUAACCGGAGAACCAUUUGACCAAGAACCUUUAAACUUCAAAGGGUGACAAGGCUUCUGGAGUAAACGACCCCUAUUGUUUGUUUGAGGGGUCACUCCAUCAAAGGUCAAUGUCACAGGGGCCUGAACAUGGAACACCAUUUCCGAUCAUUAACUUGAGAACCGAAAACCAUUUCCGCUCAUUGACUCUAGAAACACUUGACCCAAAAUAUUGAAACUUCAUAUAACCAGAGUAGAUGACCCAUAUUGAUUUUGGGGUUACUCUGUUAAAGGUCAAGGUCACAAUGCUUCAACAUGGAAAACAAUUUCCGAACAAUAACUUAAGAACCAGUUUAUCCAGAUUGUUGAACAACGUAAGAUGAUUGAACUUUCUGAGUAGAUGACUCCUAUUGGUUUUGGGGUCACUCUGUGAAAGGUCAAAGUCACAGGGGCCUGAACAUGGAAAUCUAUUUCAGAUCAGUUACUCAAGAACUACUUGAUCCAGAAUGUUGAAACUUCAUAAGAUGAUUUGAGAUGUAGAGUAGAUGACCCCUAUUGAUUUUGGGGACACUGUACUAAAGGUCAAGGUCACAGCAGACAGAACAUGAAAAUCCAUUUCCUGUCAAUAACUUGAGAACCAUUUGACCUAGAACCUUCAAACUUUAUAGGGUGAUGAGACUUACGGAAUAGAUGACUCCUAGUUUUGGGGGAGUAACUCCAUCGAAGGUCAAGGUCAUAGGGGGCUGAACAUAGAAAACUAUUUUCAAUCAAUAACUUGGGAACCACUUCACCUAGAAUGUUGGAACUUAAAAGGAUGAUUGGACAAGCAGAGUAAAUGACCCUAUUGAUUUUUGGGUCACUCAAUCAAAGGUCAAGGUCUGACUCACUGGAGCCUGAACAUUGAAACCCAUUACCGGUCCAUAACUUGAGAACAACUUCAUAGGAUGAUUUGACAUGCAGAAUAGAUGACCCUUAUGAUUUUGGGGUCACUCUUUUAAAGGUCAAUGUCACAGCAGCCAAAACACAGACAUAUAUUUCCGGUCAAAAACUUGAAGACCAUUUGACCUAGAACCUUCAAGCUUAAUAAAAUUAUUGGACAUGCAGAGUAGAUGACCCCUACCGAUUUCGGGGUUGCUCAAUCAAAGUUCAAGGUCACAGGGGUCUGAACAUGGAAAACAUUUCCAAUUAAUAACUUGAGAAUCACUUGGCCAAGCGUGUUAAAACUUACUGGGAUGAUUAGAUAUCCCUUUUGCAGCCAACCAUUAGUGUCUCUUUGAAUUUUGAUCCAGUCCUCCAUUGACUUCUUGCCUACACGACUAUGCAUUGGGGGAGAAAUACGCUGUGGUUAGGACUUCUAUGGUUUUUAAGGUCAGAUUAUUAAAGGUCAAGAUCAUGGUAAACUUGUGUAUAAACAUGGUUACUAAUAGAUAGAUGAAAAACACUUUUGUCUAUGACAGUGAGUCUUCGUAGGACAGUUGCUUGUGGUAAGUAGACGAAUUAUAUUUUUUGAGGAUAAACUUUUUAAGGUCAAGAUCAUUGGCCUUGUGUGUCAACUGGAUUUAAAAUGUUUUGGCAUGUGACCAUCAUAUUUCAUAAUAUGGUUGUCAGUGGUAAGUUGUUUUGUGAUCAUUAGACCAAAUGUUUUGGUCUAGACUGUUAGCUUCAUAGGAUGAUUGCCUUGGAUAAGUAGAUAAUCACUAAUGUUUUGGAGGCCGGUUCCUAAAGGUCAAAGUGACUUUGUGACCAAAAAUUGAAUCUCUAAACCCGUAAAAUGCUUCAGCCUAUGACCAUGGAAGUUUCUAAUAUGACUGUCUGUGGUCAGUAGUUAACUCUUAUUGUUUAUGGGUCAUUAGGGAAAGGUCACAACAUACUUACACACCAGUUACCUCUGACAGGCUAUCAUGUGUGCAUAUGUGCUCUAUAAGCAGCUCAUGUUUCUAGUAUGAAAUUUGUGCAUUUGACUUGAGAUUAUGAACUUUAUCUUUUGAAGUGUUUCUAGUGUUUUAAAAAAUAUUUCUUUUUUGUAUUGGUCUCUCUGCUGGAUACUCUUAUCUAAUAUUUUCAGAACAAGAAUUGCACUAAACUUUUAAUUCCUUUCCAGUUCGACUAUUUAAAGAAUAGUAGAGCUAUUGGACUCGCCCGUGCGUCGGCGUUGGCGUCCGCGUCCCAAUUUAGUUUUUGUAUGUAAGCUGGUAUCUCAGUAACCACGUGUGGGAAUGGGUUGAAAGUCCUGGCUGACCCCAUUGUGGUUUUCUUGUUUAACAAGACUAUAACUAUUGCUGUAAAUGGAAAGGGUUAGCUAUAAUUUGUGUUAAUUCUUCUAAAAAUGGAGUCUCUCUAACACAAAAGACAGCAAAUAAAGUUUACCUUGAUAUUGAUUACCUUGGUGUAGUAGAUACUACUGAAAUGUGGUUAAAACAUUUUUUUUUCAGAAGGGAUCAGCCUUUGACAUUGGACAUUGUUUCUUGUCAUCGUGAUUUUUUUUAUUUCUUGUUGUGCUCCCGGAAGGGGAAACAAUAUAUAGUCUCCGCUUUGUCCGCCCAUUUCUGUUAGGAGUAUAUGUCAGCAACCACUGAUUGAAUUUAGCAUAAUUUUAUAGGAGGCUUCACUAUCAAAACGAUAUGUGCAUAUUGUCUUCAUGUUCUGGUCGGAUGAUUUUUCACAGUGUCAUUGCCCUUUGAUUAUUUAACCGUAGUAUACUAUAGCACAAUUCUUGUCCGGAGUAUUCUCAGCAACCACUGAUUCUUCAUAGGAAGCUUUACUAAAGUAUCAAGAGGAAAUGCACAUAUUAACUUCAUGUUCUGAUCCGAUGAUUUUUCACCCAAUGAUGGCCCUUUCAUUAUUAAACAGUAGUAAACUAUAGUACAAUUCUUGCCCGGGGUCACUGGCACCGGAACAGAAAGAAAAUGCCUCUGUACAUGUUAUACCUUACCCCUAGGUAUUCUAUAAGAACCAUGGUCAUGAACGGGAAAAUAUACUAA